UUGAACAGGAAAACAGAUAUUUUAAUUCUGUAUUGAUCAACCCGAUGUCUUUAUUUUUCUAUGUCAAGUUUUAAAAACAUAUUCUUACUGCUACAGUUCAAUAUGUUGGAAAAUAACACCUGUUGUUCUGUGUAUUUAAUUAUCAUAUAGAAGGGACGAUUUUAUUGAAUACCAUUGUCAGGCAUGAAGUUUAGUUCUUAUCUGGUGUAACACAUGGUCUAAUGGACGUAAAAUCACACUAAGUAAUUUCAUGGAAGUACUGCAGGAAAUUAUAUGCGACAGGAAAUAUAUCAUAUGCCUAUGUAAGGAAGGAAAAACGAUUGCAAUUUACCUGUGUUUCUUUCAUUCGGCUGUCGAUACGGAUUGUUUACAUAACGGUGAUAAAAUAUUAUAUGUAUACCAGUGAUGAAUCUCAAUUUUCAGGAUUUCGAAAAUGUGAUUGAGGAACAACAGCCGCUGCUCAUCUCCAGGUGACGUCAUGUGUUUAGAAGAUGUACCGAAUUGUUCUUAACACUAGACCAGUAAUUUUCUGCGGGACUCUUGUUUUUCUCAGCAUAUUCAAAGCAAUCGCAGGUUCAACGACAGAAUCUCCCGACGACGGGCUACGAGGUCCUAUUUUUCUGUCUGAACCUCCGACGUCUGUGGUAAUACCGAAUACUAAAGGCGCCAUUAUUCCUUGCGGUGUUUACGGAAAUCCCGCUCCUUUAGUCACGUGGAUAACCGGAAACGGUGACGAGAUAGGGACACAGCCAGGCGUUGUUGAAGUUUUACACAACCAAAGUCUUUAUUUUCAACCUUUUGAUGAAGCUAAUGUGGUACCUGCUAUACACACGCAAGAAUACAGAUGUGUAGCAAGAAACCGUAUAGGACAAGUCAUCAGCCGGAAGGUACACACAGUGGCAGUGAUUGUAGAGCAGCUAGAAAGGUUUACCGUGCAUGUACAUGAUGUUUGGGUUAUGCGAGGAGGGACAGCAGUGUUCAAAUGCGAGAUAAACCCUCCUUUCUGGAAGGACUAUGUGAACAUAACGUCAUGGACACAAGGAACUGUUCACAUUACACCAGGCGACCGGAUAAGCAUAACAUCUGAAGGAGAACUUCAUGUACGUGACGUCAGAGACACAGACGGGUACACCGACUUCCGAUGUAUGGGCUUUAGUUAUGUAACGGAUGACGAGAAACCAAGUCCACCAGCAAAACUUGUCAUUCAUGACCCACCAGCUGGGGGUAGAAGUCCAUCUAUUGACGGCUAUCCGAUACAGGACACUGUCGUCGGUGUUGGCAAGAAUGUACAACUACCAUGCGUUGCCGACGGCUGGCCGUUACCAACUUACCGGUGGUACAAGAAUGGCGAAGCUCUAGAUAUACAAAACGAAGAACGUUACAGUCAGUUUGGAGGCCAACUUGUUAUAGCACCGACAAAACUGUCUGACGGCGGGGAAUACCGAUGCAAUGCCAGUAACUCUAGGGGGUCAGCCGCAGCAAUUAGAACACUUAUUGUCAAAGUUCCGUUGACGGUCGCCAUUUCACCUGGUAACCAAGUAGUGGAUUCUGGGAAGCCUGCUACUUUUAACUGUUCUAUAUUAGGAUUUCCUGUGACCAACGUUCUGUGGUUUAAAGACGGUCAUCCUCUUCUACCAGAUGACUUGCACGUGUUCAAGUCUGCUACACUGCUAGAAAUAACGGUUGUAAGACGCCAGGACCAGGGAAUGUACCAAUGCUUUGCCUUAGAUGGUGACGUAGAGACUCAAGCCACUGCGCAACUCUUGCUUGGAGCCGCCAAACCAACUAUCAUUGAUGGUUUUGCCAGCCAGUAUGUCCAGAAAGGUCAACGGUCGAGUGUACGGUGUAUUGCGUCCGGCAAUCCUACACCAGCAAUUAAAUGGUAUCUCGAUGGCGAAAUUCUUAGAGAGAGCAGUUAUCUUAGGUUAGGCAGUUUUGUGACAGCAGCGGGUGACGUAGUAAGUUACGUCAACAUAAGCAGUGUGACGCUUUUAGCAGGCGGAGAUUACCGAUGUGUAGCGACAAAUGUUGUUGGGGAGGCGGAACAUACCUCAAGGAUGAAUGUUUACGGUGAACCCUACAUACGUACGAUGCGAAAUGUGACCGCUACCGCCAAUGAAAAACUUUUCAUCAAAUGUUACGUCACCGGAUAUCCUAUCAAAUCUGUGUCUUGGUACAGAGACAGUCGCAGACUUCCACUGAAUCAUCUACAGCAGGUUGUCAAUGGUACACUCACCAUUCUAAAGGUACAGAGAUAUGACGCGGGAAAAUACACGUGCGAAGCUGUCAAUUCGGCGGGAAAGGGGACACAGGAAAGUGUAUUUGUUACUGUUGUCGAACCGCCCGUAAUUGACCCAUUCCGUAUACCGCCACGCAAGCAAGGUGAUAGAGUAACGCUUUCGUGUGCAGUAAGCAGUGGUGAUCUACCAAUAUAUAUCAACUGGACCAAAGAUGGCCUACCAAUACCACCAGAUAUAGGUGUUCUUGUAGAGACGUCAGGUUCGUACAGCAGUCUGCUAAAGAUUGGGGAUGUGAGUCCUGUACAUGACGGAAAUUAUACAUGCCACGCACACAACGCUGCUGCCAGUACAAAUUUUACUGCCUUUCUACACGUUGACGUUCCUCCAAGAUGGGUCGUGGAACCAGAAGAUACGUUUGUCAUACGUCAGAAGUCGGUAUUUUUGGACUGCCACGCAACUGGUAUACCGGAACCUCGUAUCACGUGGAGUGAAAAUAAAGGCGGAUUUCCACCAAAGUAUGCUGCGCUGGAUCUAAACAGGACCGAUCAUUACCGUGUAUUUGAGAAUGGAACACUGCAAAUAAUCUCGGCGGCGGAAGACGACGACGGGCAUUAUCUCUGUACGGCAGAUAACCAAAUAGGGCACGGAAUUAGCAAGAUCAUUUAUCUAAAGGUUCAUGUACCUGCGCGAUUUGAUUCUUCUCAGAAGAACUUCACAGUCUUGCGAGGCCACAACAUCACCAUGGAUUGCCAGGCUAUAGGUGAUAAACCGAUAUCAGUAUCUUGGAACUUUAACAAUCAAACAAUGGGCAGUGGAAACCUGGGCAGUCGUUAUACAGUGAAUGCACCGAACACGGACCGCGGGAAGCUAUCCCAGCUAUCUAUACAUCCAGCCCAGAGAGGAGACACUGGCAUCUUCACAUGUACAGCAGCCAACCAGUUUGGCUACGAUUCAACCGCUAUCUACCUCACAGUAUUAGAACCACCGGAUGCCCCCGGAAACCUGACUUUGAUCAAAAAGGGUAGCCGAUAUGUUGUACUUGUAUGGACCCGACCUUUUGAUGGGAACUCCCCCCUUAUUGAGUAUGUCAUCGAGUAUCAGAAUACAACAGGUGAGAAACGGAGUGCAGUAAGGAAUGUAUCUGUUGACGCUGAGGCGCUUACAGCGACUGUGGAUAACUUACACCCUUCCUUCUUAUAUAACAUCCGUAUUCGAGCUCGAAAUGCGGUUGGAUUAGGACUGACUAGUCACCAAGUGUCUACUAAAAUGUUAGAAGAACCACCAAACGGACCACCUGUUGAUGUCGAAGUUACUGCUCUCGGCUCGCAGAAGCUCAAGGUCUCGUGGAAACCACCAGCACUUGACCAUCGUAAUGGCGUUAUCCUCGGAUAUUACAUUGGGUAUCAAGAAACAAAUGUUGCUUCUCAAAGACAAGUUAUCAGCAAAGACAUUGACCCCGACAAGGAUGGCCCCGAGGACGAGGUGUCUGUUGUCAUUUCCAACUUGAAGAAGUUUACAGAAUAUUUAGUGCAUGUAAAGAGUUAUAAUAAGGAAGGUCCGGGACCAGCAUCCACAGAUAUUAAAGUUAUGACCUUAGAAGACGUACCUAGUCAGCCACCAGAGGGAGUUCGUGCCUAUGCCAUUACGUCACAAGCCAUAAACGUGGCAUGGAAGGCGCCAUCUUUGUUCGCAUUGCAUGGUGUUCUCCAGGGCUAUAAAGUGCUGUUUAAACCUGUAAGAAAAGAUGAAGACGAAACUGAUUCCAAUAUCAAACUAUCUCGUGGAGUUGAUGUUACUCUAGAUGGUUUGGAAAAAUUCACAAAUUACAGCAUAGAAGUAUUAGCGUACACACGCAAGGGUGAAGGAGUCAGAAGUAGUCCCAUAUACGUGCGCACCCUGGAGGAUGUUCCUGGCCGACCACGAGGAAUAAAGGCAUGGUCAGUGAGCAAUACAAGCGUUAUCGUAUCGUGGCAAAAUCCGGACAGUCCAAACGGUAUCCUUACGGCAUUUAGUGUCUACUACAGUAACACUUCAGCUAGUGCACAGGAAAUGAAAAUAGAUGUUCCACCUGAUCAGUCCGCAUAUGUUCUGCAUGGACUUGAACCAGGCGUGAACUACUGGGUGCGGGUCACUGCAAACACAAGAAUGGGAGAGGGAGAAAGCACCCAAAUUGUUACCGUCAUGCCUGUUAUAAAUGCUCCGGCAAGAAUUUCCAGUUUCUCAGAAGAGGUGGUUGUAUCAUGGCAAGCUACGGUGAUGCUGUCCUGUGUUGUUGUUGGUGAUCCUGAUCCGGAAGUCACGUGGUCAACCAGAUACGGUGUUUUGGAAAACAACGACAAACUGUCGAUACUGCAGAAUGGUUCCUUGUUUUUGAUAGCUGUGAUUGGUUCCGAUGCUGACAAUUACACCUGUAGAGCUGAGAAUGAACAUGGCAGUGAUGUCAUUACAUACAGCCUUAGCGUGCAAGUUGAUGCUAAUUCCAAAUCUCCUCCUAGGGCACCAAUAUUGUCACUAGCAGCGGUAACGUCUUCAACAGUGCAAGUGAACUGGUUGUCGGCUAGCAACGGAGGCAGUCCAAUUCUAGAAUUUUUACUGCGAUACCGGAAGGAGCAUGAUGUUUGGCAGGAAGUAACACUUGGACCGAAGAAUCGUACUUAUACGUCCUCUGGUCUGCUGUGCGGUACAUCAUACAAGUACACUAUCACAGCUAUAAACAGUAUUGGUAAAAGUGAAAGUAGUAACGUUAUUGAAGAGAAAACAAUCGGAUCCCCGCCAAUAGCACCAUUACAAGAUGAAAUUCUAAAAUCUGUGAACGUCACAUCCGUUGAACUUGACCUGCGCACAUGGAGACGGGAUGUGUGUCCGAUAAAAUUUUUCUCCAUAAGGUACCAAAAACUUGGAAACAAACAAUGGGUGGAGGUUGCAAACAACGUUAACUGGAAUACAACAAUGGUACCGGUGGAAGAUCUACAUCCUGCGAGUAGAUAUAUUAUGUUGGUGACAGCAUACAGUGAUGCCGGCUCGAGCGAGUGCGCUUUAAAAUUCUCUACGUUGACCUAUUCGGGCAGCACACUCGAACCUCUCUUUGUGGUACAUAAAAAUGAGACGUAUUUCUAUGAAAAAGUUUACAUAAUGGUGCCGUUGUGUGCAGCACUGGUCGUGUCCAUUGCCCUUUCUAUAGGCGUGGCCUUGUUCUGUGUGAGACGUAGACACGUAAUGAGAUAUAAAGAAACGAGCUCGAACAUAAGACGGGAUAUUACAGCCGAGACGUCCCUGAUGAACGAUCUUGAUAAAAGAAAUAUAAAUUAUGAGUUGGAGAGCCCACAGGACACGCGGUUCAAUUGCCGAAAUGUAAACCUGCUUAUUUCAUUAACAUCUGAUGAGAAUUUGUCGGGAAAUAACAGCGGUUGGUGUUUUAAUGACAGCAGCAAGACAACGAGUGAUAAUGCUUCCCUGGAGCGAUAUGAUGAAGACGCCAAUAUAAAUCCUUAUGCGACAUUUAAUGAGCUGAAGCUUGUAUUCAAUGAGAACCCGACAUAUCAUAAAGCGGAACCUGAUUCUGACGACGACUCCGUCAGUCUUGAAAAGGCUGAGGCACAGAAAGCGAUGCAAGCUACAACAGACAGCUCUGAAGAUUCUAAAUUUGUUCAGAAUGUCCGAAUCCCGCACAAACCACGUGGGGCAGAGCAACAUAGCUACGACAAUCAAGCUGUGGUGCUUAGUCCCCGGAAGUACGCAAGUGCCGAUCAGAUUCAUGCUUUGUUUACUAUGGCUCCACCGCGUCCACAGAGUGCUUACAGUAAAAACAGAAGUCAGGGAACUCGCAGCACUCCAAGUGAAAAAGGUAGCCAAAGACAUAGCCUUAUAUCAAGCGUGACAACUGUGUCCAGUUCUAGAGAUGAACUUAUGGAGGCGUUUGAAAACUUAAACAGAAAUCCACCACAACCUCCUGUGGUAUAUGAAACAGAAGCUGACUCUCUGUCACAGCCUACAGACAGCUCGAGUACAGAGCCAGGUAUUUGCCUAUUUACGGAGUCUCCUCCACAACCAAAUGAACGACGGGAAGCGUCUUGUGAAGUUCCACGAUAUGAAUCACCAGACGAAUGUCAGUAUAAGGAGCCACAAACUGCUGAAUCUAAACCCGCUGAUAAUCCCGAGUCAAGGACUCCACCAAGGAGGUCUGGAAGAGGUUCAUCUGUUCAGAAAAAUAAGGAGGCUAUUUACAGAGGAACUGGAGUAAGCAGUGGGGUUUUCAGGACUACCACUAGACCUCGGUGUAUAGAGGAAGUGACGUAUAUGUUUAGUGGCGAGGAAUCUCCGAGUCGUGCCAGAAAACCACAGUCUUUUGAGGAGAAAUUGCGCUGUACCCGUGAGGAUAGCGGAUCCUCUGUUUGGAGAAGAGUCUAUUUACCAGGUGGUCGAAGGACCCCUCACGCCAGAACCAGAUAUGACACCACCCUGCAGACACCUGGAGCUGCUGAUAAUAAACCUCUUGUAUCUGCACAGGAGCUAAACUCAAAAGAAGAUUCCCCGGAGGACGAUGAAUCUGUCAGUCUUUUGAACAGAUAUUAUCGACCUGUCCCGGCCAGGAGGAGUGGAGAUGUUCUCAUGUUAGAGGAUGAUGAGGAAAAUGAAUAUACCGAAAAUUUUACGGUUGUUUGAAAUCCUCUGUAGCGAAAACUUGAGAUGAAGGAGAUAUCAGUGUGUCUGUGGAAACAGUUCAAAUUACCGAUAUAAGGGAUUUCUCGUAAUUCCAUUAUGAAAAUAUGUGUAGUGUACUCAACGCAAUUGUGAAAGGACACAAAAUUUUGAGGGGAACCUUUCACAAGCAGUUUAUGAUAAAAAUGCGGUUUCCCCAAAAUCUGCUGUUCGUUGAAAUCCAUAUUAUUAGAAACAAUGGCUACUUAUUUAUACGAACCGUUAUAUUGGUAUACAUUGAUGGUCGUUUAACGUUUCGCUUUUAUUUGACCUAAUGUAUAUAGAAAAUCUACUAACAAGUUUUAAAUGGAAAUAUUUCAGCUUUACAGAGUCAAAUCUGAUUGCUAACUCUGCAGCUUUCUAAAUGUUUACGGGCAUAUACGCAGAAUAGUUUGUAAUUUAUCAGACGGGUUGUUGUUUAGCGCACCUGAUUUUUUUCAUUGAGGCUAUAUAAUUCUUCAGGCCCACAGGGUCCAUAAAGGUAGCCUACUUUUUACACAAACCAAUUUCGUUUACUUUAUCAUUAAGAUCUUAUUCGGAAAGGUGUUUUUCAUCAUAUCCUAUUGACAUUAUUGACAAGCCGCGCAUCCAAUUUCUCAACAAGUACCUGCAUAUUGUUUAAUCAGGGGGUUAAGAUUCUGAAGUAUACUUAUGAAUAAAGAAAUUAAUUUGUGUGUAAAAAUAUUACAUAUACUUUAUGUAUUAUCUACUUCAAACUGAUUCUAAAAAAUGAGACAUCCCCAAACUUGCUUCAACAUGGACAUUUUUAUGACGAUAGGGCAUGUUAUUUGUUUGAUGACAGUUAAUGUUGUUCAGCAAGGGAGGACAAAAUAUUAAAGAGAAACAGUGUGGGGAAUAUGUGAAUCAACUUAUAUAUAUGUAUAUUGUUAUAUAUUAGACAAUUAAUAAGGUUGUGAUGUAUCAGUUACUUCAAUUGUAUUAAUUUUAUUCUAACCAUAAAAAAGUCUUAUUCUAAAAGUAUGUCUAGUGUAUUCGCAGUGUUUUGGAAUAGGUCAGACAUAGUUAUGAAUCAUUGCGAAAUUUGCAAUUUGAACGGUUUAAAAUAAUUUUGUAUAUUGAAUGCGUUUUCAUAAUGUUGUAUUCUGAAAUUCUGUAAGUUACGCUCAUGAUAUAUUCAGUAUUAUCAAAUGUCUACCCUUACCCUGCUAAAUUUCUAUAAUGAACUUGUCCGUCUUUCAAUUUGGACGGAACCAUUAAAUGUUAAAAGGGGUGCUUUCCAAAAUGAUACUGACUGAAUAGCGAACAGUACAAACCAUGAUCAGCAUACUCGGAUGUGCAUGCUGAUCUUGGUUUGCUCUGGCCGCAAAAGCAGAAUCACUUGCCGCCUGCAGGGUAAGGGUUAGAUGUGACAGUAUUAGGUGAUAUAGGUGACACAUGAAACAAUGGAGCUUCACAAUAUGUAUUAUAGAAAGCCAAAACUGUCAAAACUUGAUUUACUAACAUAUGAAUUAAGAGGCAUACUAUUUCAUUGUAAUUCUUUCGGUAUCAUGUACAUUUUUCCAUUUAAAAAAUCUGCUUCAUAGAGGAAUAUUAUAGUCACUUAAGUCUUCAAACUAUUAGCAUCAGAGCAACAUAUCAGAUUAAUUCAGAAUAUCAGAAUUGUCAGUGCUUAAAAACUUGCUGCUUAUGCAGGUGUUUUUGCCUAAGACUUUCUGCGGAAAAAAAACGUAAAUUUGAGAGUGUGCAUUUCAUAUUUAUCUAACAAGCUUGCAUUCGCACAAUGUGUUUCACGUUUAACGGUCAUGUUUACCGGUUGUAGCUCUUGCAGCUAGACCUUUACACAAAAUUUUUUCUAAAUAUCUAACAUUGCAGUAAUUAGAUGUAAUAAAUGCAGCAUUGUAUAUACGCACUUCAUUUAAGUAUUCAAGAAAAUGUAUAUAAUUAUAAAUCAUGUUAUUGCUGUAAUUUGCUGAAUUGUUACUGUUGCGGUGAUAUUUUAUACUUUUUUGCAGCUAAAGAGAUUGUUAAUACUUUAUUACUGUGACAUGUAUUUUAUUAUGUUUAUAUAUCAAAUUUCUAAUCUAAUUUGGGUUAUAUUCGCAAAGGUGUGUUUCCAGCAAAUAAGGCGGCGACAAGAAAUAAGAAUGAUGAUACCUGUAUUAACAUUUGAAUUGAUAGCAAACCAUUGCAAAACUUAAGAAAAUGCAUUAUGAUGAAAAGGUUACAUACAAUUAUCAAACGUUUACGGACGUCCAGAAAAUGUUGAUGUUGAAUUCUAAUUUCAUAUAUUUAUGAAAUAUGUCACCAUUUCAUUUUAAGUUAUUGAUACUUGUAUUAAACAGCUUCUGUUUUAAUCAAAAGAAAUGAAAACACAAAUGGUUUUAGUUCAAAGGAAAAUGUCCAGUCUGACAAUUAUCUGCCCUUCAAGUGAAUAUAUUCAUUUUGAAGUCAAAGACUGAUGUCCCAGAGUCGCGAAUUCAACCCAAAUUUUUAUAAAAAUUUAUUUGCCUUACAGGCAGGCAGCGCAAAUUCAAUUCUAAUGUUCACAAUAAAAACCCAGUUGCCUUACCGACUGGCAGCAUUAUGAUUCUGUCCAAAGAGAAUUAUUUUUCGGGUUUGAGAACUCGGAGUUCAAGGCAGCAUUAAUUGGCAAUACAUUUAACACGUGGAGAAAGUGUUAGAACAAUGCAAUUACUUCAUUUUGUUUCUUAGUUACUAGUACUCGGCAUCAAUUCAUUUUCAUAAGUGUAUUAGAUAUAUUUUACCUUUGUACAAAAUACCAAACUGAUAAACCUGUUGUUAAUAAAUAGAUUAGCUAAAUUUCAUUGUACACAUACCAUGCUGUUAAUAAGACUUUAUUUAAGUAGUAAUUAACUCGUCGAACUAUAGUAUGAGGUUGUAACAUGUGAGACACGUUUGGCUUUGGUCAAGUGUUCUAUGUAUCAUUAUUACUUAUUAGAUUGAAUGUUGUUCUAUUGUUGCGAGAUUUAUUGUGUUUUAAACGGCCGUGUUACUUAUAUACAAAAUCUAUAAAAUAUCUUUAUUUGUUUCUGACCUUUUCUUGUAAUAUUAUGGAUUGUUGAUAUUUUAAUUUUUUUCAUUGCCUACAAGGCCGAAAUGGGUCGUGCAAUUAAAGAAGUGUAAAAUCCUAGUAAAAUGGCUCGUGCAAUUAAAGAAGUGUAUAAUCCUAGUAAAAUG